AGUUGUUCUUUUUUUGUUCACUUGCUUUGGCGGUCAUAAAUAUUUCAGUGACACGUCAACGCGGAACGGAAGCAUCAGACAUUCUCCUCAACCAUGGUACCCCGCAUUGCACUUCACUUCACUUGGCUACUUCUUGCCGUCUGUGUCCAUGCUGGUUCCCUGUCGCUUCAGAACCCCCGGUUCACCAUAACCUCUUCAACAGCAGCCCAGCUGCGUGCGGAUACUCUCUCGCUCACGGAAAAACCAGAGCCCUUGAAGCUCGAACCCUCCGACACGUUGAAGCUCACGUUCCAGAUAACAGAAAAGAGCGAGGGCAAGGGUGUGCAACCUCACCAGACAUUCCUUCGCUUCUAUGACAGUGUCUCCGGAGAGGAAGGCAUACAACCUGUCCGAGUCACUCCGGGAGGCAAGGCCAAAUUUGAACUGAAUAUGGCACGCCCUCCGGCAUCUUUGCCACCCACUACCGAUCACCCGCUGGAGGUAUCCCUCAUACUUGGUUCAUUCGUACACGAACCUACGACAUUUGAUCUAUUUGACCUCUACGUGCCGUCAUCGUACACGCCAGCACCACACCCCGACGAGGCCAAGUUCCACGAGCUGCCACUAAUUCACCACACUUUCCGUCCCGAACAGAAGCUCCCUCCAAAAUUCGUGUCAGCGGUAUUUGCGGCUCUCGUACUCUCGCCGUGGCUGGUCUUACUUGGUUUGUGGAGCAAAAUAGGUGUGCGGGUGCCACAUCUGUUCUCUCCCCGUAUCAUCCCCUUCACUGUUCUGCUUGGCGCUUUUGAAGCCCUUCUUUGCUGGUAUUGGGUGGACCUCAAGCUUGGCCAAGUUUUGCUUUAUGGGGGGAUCCUCGCUGUACCGACUAUCUUUGCCGGUAAGACGGCACUAGCGGCAACGGGAGAAUGGAGGACAGGGCAAAACUGAGUAUAGCGGAUCAGUGUAAAUGCAACAUUCAUAUGUUGUCACUCUUUGGACUUGCAUUCCUACCUGCGACUGGCUUAGACUGCUGCUUUUCGCCAUGAGUCUCGAAUGUGUGACAUCUGCGGCAGUGCUCGAUGCGACUGAUCAGGGGAAGAUUGUACCUCGAGAAUGCGCGCUGAACCGCAUUACUGUAACAACAAUUAAUUGUUGUAGGCAUGCCCAGUGAAUGUUCCGGAAAGUGCUG